AUGAUCAUGAGUGAUGGGUUGCUGCGAGUAUUUUGGCCAUAUGAUCUCCCGCGAUCUGCUUCGCCGGGAGUGAUAGUCGGAUGGCGUAACUCAGAGCUGGAUCUAUUCGUCCUUACGGUCCUAGAAGAUGUUGAGCCACGGAAUGUUGAAAAUGCGCUUCGGGCUGGAAUUCUCUUUCGAAACAGUCCACAUCCUAUUGUUCGUAUCUUCAAUCUCUGCGGUCGGUCUCAGAUGCAUGUCCUUGGUUCAACCAAUUCCCCUUUACCCGCGACUUCGUUCAAUCCCUCCCAUCUAUAUGUGACUACGCAUCUUCCGAAAAACCAGCUUCCGCAAAUAUAUUGUCCAGCGGAGGCAAAUCUUUCAGUUCAAGUUAUUAUGUUUCAUCGUCCUCAUCCAACACGCAUGGAGUAUAUGUCACUUGAUCCGAUUUCGCUGGCUUUGGGUGAUAAGGUACCAAACCUGGAGAAUGGAGGGCCAUUAUGGGGAAAGACAGAAUCUGAGGAGGAGAGAGAAAAAGCUCGGUAUCAAGUGUUGGUUGAUAAACUUAAGCUGCACACUGUGGUGAAGCAUAUACCCUCGCAAAAAGAGCAGGCGCUCCCACUUAUUGUCAGCCAAGUAAAUUGCGCCUUCGAGAUGAGCCAGCUGAUGCACAAGAAUUGUCAUCUUAUCGGAGUGCGCGCAAAACGCAGUAUGAGUGUUGGAGAACGUGUCGUGGAGUCAGCGACUACCCUUUGGGGUCUUUUCGUCCUCUUCGUCGCACAUAUCUUCUGGCAAUGGCUUUGGCCCGUUGUCACCAGGGUCUUUGUUAUAGGUCUCGUGGGGCACCGGUCUGUCGCAGAAGUUGUCUUGCGGGUUCUAGAGUGGCGGGCUCGGCCAGAUGCUGCGGCUAUCAAAGAUAUUUCGGCAACGGCUCAGCAGGUUGAUAUACGACUUCAACAAUUUUGUUACUGGCCUAUACAGUACGUCAAACUGCGCCAGAGGAAAGAUAACUGGGAAAGUGUGACAACAAGCCACCCGGAUUAUAUUCGAUUCUACAACAGCCUGUGGCUCGUGGCUAAUGAUGUGAUUAUUGGAAUUGCUCUUGGCUCCUAUAUCAUUGAUAACGCAAACUGGGUCGCCUCUCAAAUCAACACUGUUCUCACUGGUUGGACCGUUGAAGGAUUACAACGCACCAUCUCAUGGUUGAUGGAUUGGCCCGCUGGCUUGAAACUCAACAAUGAGCUGGCCGCUUUUCUUGGUGACCUAUUCCUCUGGGUUAUCGAGAAUUGGGCCGCAUGCAUUGCCAACCUUCAGCCCUACCUCCCUCAUAUCAUCUAUAUUGUUGGUUGUUCCAGCUUUGCGGGAGCCAGCAUGCCAAUCGCGCUAUUUUCCGACCUUCUUUCCAUCCUAACCGUCCAUAUCUACUCUUUCUACAUUGCCUCUGCCCGCAUCUUCAAUUGGCAGCUUACAAUAAUUAUCUCGCUUUUCCAUCUCUUCCGUGGAAAGAAGCGAAACGUUUUGCGCAAUCGUAUAGAUUCAUGUGACUACGACCUCGACCAGCUUCUUCUUGGCACCAUUCUCUUCACGGUGCUUUUCUUCCUCCUUCCAACCGUGAUUGUCUUCUAUCUGACUUUCGCCUCCGCCCGCAUGUUGAUCAUUUCCAUGAAAGCCGGCUUCGACACCUGCCUGGCAUUCCUGAAUCACUUCCCCCUCUUUGCUCUAAUGUUACGCGUAAAGGACUCAAGGCGACUUCCCGGUGGUAUUCGUUUCGAGCUCCGAGACGAAAUGGACAAGCAAUUAACCGACUCAAAAUCUUCUACCGUAUCUUACAUUCACCUUGAGUCAAUCCCACUUCCCCUUCGUGCAAUGUUCGACCAAUACUUCCAACUAGGUCACCGACUUCGCAAACAUUACCUAGCGCCCCGCGUCAUCUUCUGUCUCAUGACCGGCCGCUUCGUACCGCCCAUUCACCGCCGAAAUCUGUACAGCAUGCAAUAUAGUAUGUUGCCUGCACGCCGUGCAGGCAUGGGCGAGGUGUGGUCGCUGCUUACGCAGACGAAGAAAGGGAACGGUGCAGGAGGCGGUUCUGGGUCUAUGGCAGGUGGUAUGGGAACUAUGGGCCACCCUGUGCCUAAAGUACCGCCAAACUACGGCCAAGGAGAUGUUCGGAGACGAGGACAUCGUUGA